AUGCGAAUUAAAAUUUCAAUCUCAUUGAGUCUGCUGGCCCUGUCGGUUGUACUCGCAGUCGCAGCUGCCAACUAUCUGACGGAAAAACCUGAUUAUUUGAAUCCAUGCCGACUGGACGAUUCCGGGUUCCAGAAAUGCCUCGCUGCCAAUUUACAGGUUUUGUUCAGCAAAUGGAAAGAUGGACUGCCGGGCACAAACACACUCACAACCAUUGACCCUCUCCACAUAAAACGUAUAAAGAUCUCACCUUCCAACGGUGCUAUAGUUUUUAAUGCAGAACUACGAAAUGUCCAGAUCAAGGGAGCCAGCCGAGCUGUUGUCCAAUCCGCAAGUUAUGAUCCUUCGUCCCACACGGCUAAGACUGCUACAAAUGCCCCGAAACUUCGCUUUGAGUUUGAUUACAAAGUCAAGGGACAUAUUUUGGCCUUAAAUCUAAACAGCCAAGGUAAAGGAUAUUUUGAAGCAGAUGACGCAACCUUAAAUUCCGAAAUGUUCGUGAAGCCACGUAUAACGCCUGAAGCGGCUUUUGCUGAUGUUCAGGGUGUCAACACAAAUCUUAAAAUAGGUGGAUUCAAGAUAAGACUGGAGAAUCUCUUUGGGGGCAACAAGGACCUGGAGGACACUGCCCACGUGCUCUUCAACGAAAACUGGCGCGAUUUUUUUGAACUAAUGAGACCGACAAUUGAACAAACUGUAGACAUCGUUUUGUUGGGUCGUUUCAAGAAAACAUUCGAAUAUGUGCCGGCAAAUUAUUUUAUCGAGAAUUUUCAUUAA